AUGUUACAUUUUGGGGGUCCUCAGUUGCAAAAAGUUUACAAAAGUUUGGAGGGCACUGAAGAUUUUCCUCUGGUUAUGGUAGAGAAGCCUUGGUAUGAUGUAGCAAUCAGUCGUUUGGAUGCGUAUUUCAAACCGCGUCGUCAAGAUGUUCUAGAGAGACAUAAGCUACGCACUAUGAAGCAAGGUACGAAUGAGAGUUUCGCUCAUUACGUUCUGCGUCUGCGCCAGCAACUGAUGGACUGCGGAUUCGAAAAGUAUUCAAAAGAGGUCCGCGUUGUUUUGGAGGAGAUCAUGCUUAUCGACGUUAUUGUGGAAGGAUGCAACUUACCAGAGCUUCGAAGGAAGAUUCUGGAUAAAGAUCAGUCCUUGUCAGAUAUUGAGGCCAUGGGAACUUCGCUGGAGAGUGUACGACAUCAGGAAAAGGAGUUCAAAGCUGGAACGAAUAUGAAUGAUGGUGGACAUAUAUCGGUUUGUGAAGUCGGAACAUGGAAACCAAAAGCAGAACGCCAGCAAGGAAGAAUUCUGAAACGAAUUGCUGUUGGGCCUCGUAAAAUUUUUGGUAAUGGACCCGAAAUUAUAUGCUACGGUUGUGGACGUCAAGGACACAUUUCUAAAUCACAAGUAUGUCCAGCAAGAGAUCAACCUUGUCGGAGAUGUCAGAGGCUUGGACAUUUUGAGAAAGUCUGCCGGAAACGCGUUUUUAAUUCGCGAAAACCAGAUUUUUCUAAAAAAGUUGAUGCAAUUGAGGUAGAUGAAAACAUGCCAAGCCAAGACAUUAAAUCUUGUACGAGGUCACUUGAAUCUGAAAAAAAGCUGUGUUAUACGUUCUACACGGGAUGCAAAACUAACGUGUUCAAGUGUGCAAUUGGAGGUGUUGCAACUGAAGUGUUCAUCGAUUCGGGUUCAGACGUCAAUAUAAUAACUUCUGAGACAUGGACAAAGCUGAAAGCUCAACAUGUUAACGUAGACAAGUGCGAAAAAGGAAGUGAUAAAAUCCUCAAGGCCUACGCUAACAAUGAACCACUUCCUAUUUUGGGAACAUUCGAAGCCAUCGUUGAGAUUGGGAAACGCGCAUCAAACUGUAAAUUCUUCGUUGUUGAAGGUGGACAAAGAAACCUGUUGGGAGAUGAGACCUCUAAAAAUUUGGGAAUAUUGAGAAUAGGAUUGGAAGUGAAUCAGGUGAUGGAUGGAACAGAUGUGAAGCGUUCUCCGUUUUCUAAGAUUUCCGGUGUUCAAGUUCGUGUUCAGAUGGAUCCAAAGGCAGUUCCAAUCUUCCAGCCAUUGAGACGAGUACCGAUUCACCUUGAAGCAGCAGUGACCGAGAAGUUAGACGAACUUCUAAAGCGAGACAUAAUCGAAAUUAAGGAAGGCCCGGCAACGUGGGUUUCACCGCUUGUGGUCGCAAACAAGGCUAACGGAUCAAUAAGAUUAUGCGUGGAUUUACGACGUGUCAACCAGGCAGUCAUUCGCGAUCGGCACCCCAUGCCUGUUAUCGAAGAUGUUCUGGCCAGGAUUGGAAGAGGGAAGAUCUGGAGUGUACUGGAUGUUAUGGACGCGUUUUUCCUACUGGAGCUUGAUGAAGAAAGUAGAAAUGUGAUGACGUUCAUUACUCAUCGUGGGCUUUAUCGAUUCAAGCGCCUUCCCUUCGGUCUUGUCUCUGCUCCUGAAAUAUUUCAAAGAACCAUGGAUCAAAUACUAGCAGACUGUGAAGGCGCUUACUGGUACCUUGACGAUGUAGGAGUCGAAGGAAGCACCGUUGAAGAACAUGAUAUUCGUUUGAAUAAGGUAUGA